AUGGCACCCACUAACGCCUCAGUCGAGGACGGCAAGUUCCGCGAUAUGGCGAAGGAUACCGUUGAACUCAAUGGCGAGCAACAUAUGACCACCGACUAUGGCAUCAAGAUCUCAGACCCGGAUCACUGGCUCCGCGUCGGCGAUGAUAAGCACACUGGUCCUUCGCUUUUGGAAGAUCAGAUUGCCCGCGAGAAGAUUAUGCGCUUCGAUCACGAGCGUAUCCCAGAACGUGUCGUGCACGCCCGUGGCACGGGCGCCUUUGGCACGUUCAAGCUGUUCGAGAGUGCAGCUGAUGUCACCACCGCCGGCGUGCUGACCGAUACCAGCCGCACAACCCCUCUGUUCGUGCGCUUCUCGACUGUGCAGGGCAGUAAGGGUAGUGCGGAUACCGUGCGUGACGUGCGCGGAUUCGCGGUUAAAAUGUACACUGAAGAGGGAAACUGGGAUAUUGUGGGUAACAAUAUUCCUGUCUUCUUCAUUCAGGAUGCUAUUAAGUUCCCGGAUGUUAUUCACUCUGUUAAGCCUGAGCCGCACAAUGAGGUGCCGCAGGGUCAGAGUGCGCACAAUAACUUCUGGGACUUUAUUUAUAUGCACUCCGAGACUACGCACAUGAACUAUUGGCAAAUGUCUGAUCGGGCUAUUCCUCGCUCGUACCGCAUGAUGCAGGGCUUCGGUGUCAACACCUAUUCUUUGGUUAACAAAGAGGGAAAGCGUAACCUCGUCAAGUUCCACUUCACGCCUGAGCUGGGUGUGCAUUCGCUUGUUUGGGAUGAGGCCCUUAAGAUUGCCGGCCAGGACCCUGAUUUCCACCGCAAGGAUCUCAUCAGCGCUAUCGAAGCAGGCCAAUUCCCGCGUUGGAAGUUCGGCAUGCAAAUCCUCCCUGAAGAGAAGCAGGAUGACUUCGAUUUCGACCCUCUCGACGCCACCAAGGUCUGGCCCGAGGAGCUGAUCCCCAUCCGAUACAUCGGUCAGCUGGAGCUCAACCGCAACGUCGACGAGUUCUUCCCGCAAACCGAACAGGCCGCGUUUUGUACCAGCCACAUCGUUCCUGGUAUUGACUUCUCCAACGACCCGCUGCUGCAGGGCCGCAAUUUCUCCUACUUUGAUACCCAAAUUUCGCGUCUGGGCGCGAACUGGCAGGAACUUCCCGUCAACCGUCCCGUCUGCCCUUACAUGAACCUAGUCAACCGCGACGGUGCAAUGAAACACAAAAUCACAAAGGGAACAGUCAACUACUGGCCGAACCGCUUCGAAACCAACCCACCUGCUAAACCAGCCGAGGGCGGUUUCACAAGCUACCCGGAGAAACAAUCGGGUAUCAAAGCCCGUCUCCUCUCCGAGAAGUUUGCAGAACACUACAACCAAGCCCAAGUCUUCUACAACUCUCUCUCCGAGAUCGAGAAAAUGCACUUGGCUAAAGCCUUCUCCUUCGAACUCGACCACUGCGACGAUCCCCUCGUCUACAAACGCAUGACCGAGCGUAUCGCAGCGGUAAGCCUCGAGCUCGCCACCACCGUCGCCCAAAAUGUAGGCGGCGAAAAGCCCUCCAAGGCUCUGAAGCCAAACAACGGCGCCACAGCAAAGGGCCUCAGUCAGCUAGAAUACAUGCCCGAGAAACCGACCAUCGCCACGCGCCGCAUCUCAAUUCUCAUCGCUGACGGGUUCGACUACGCAUCCUAUACAGCUAUGAAAGAAGCUCUCUCAUCGCUCGACGCAUUCGUCUUCACCGUCGGCGCCCAGCGCGCAGGUGUCACGGCUGAAACGGGCGAGAAGGUUGUUCCGGAUCACUUCUUCAGCGGCAUGCGGUCUACGCUCUUCGACGCUGUGUUCGUGCCCGGUGGUAAGCACGUCGAGACGCUGGCGAAGAAUGGAGUCGCCAAGUUCUGGAUCACCGAGUCGUUUGCUCACCUCAAGCCUAUCUGCGGUGUUAAUGAGGCUGUAAAGUUUAUUAGUCGGCAGAUUGUGUUGGACGAGAUUGAGGUUGCUGCCAGCGGGACACCGGUGACCGAGUCUUACGGUGUUGUGACUGGAUACGUGGAUGGAAAGUCUUUGAAGGUUGAUAAGGUUGGACCGGAUUCGAAGGGUUUGGCCGAACAGUUUGUUUGGCAUGUUUCGCGGCAUCGCAACUGGGCGAGAGAGUUGGACGGUUUGGCCGAUCAGAUUGCUGCGUAA